AUGUCGUUUCCUCCACAAAAUCUUCAAAAUUUCCAAGGUUUUGGAAAUUCUAUGAAUCAUCAAAAUUAUGCCCCUCGAGGUCCAUAUCAACCGCUUCCAGCCGAAUAUUGGCAAAACAUGAGUCAUUCGUAUUUCACGCCGUCGGUUGUUCAUGGAUAUGGUACCCCGCAUACAACUGGUAUGUCUUUCACUCCUUCGAUGUCAAAUGAACCUGCAACUCCGACUUUUAUCCCGGAGACUCAACUUUUCAACUGUGAAUCCCCAAUUGAGGUGGUCAAUUUAGAAAAAGCGGUUUCAAAUGCUGAGGGUACAAGAAAGCGUUCAAGUUGGACAAAGGUUGAAGACAAGGUCUUAGCGAGAUGUUUUGUCACUAUUAGUGAUGAUCCAAUAAUCAGCAAUGAACAAAAGGCAGAUGCUUUUUGGAGACGUGUUGCAAGCUACUACAAUGAAAAUCUUCCCCUAGGUUCAAACACCAGAAGUGGAAAUGUUAUACGUGACAAAGAUAUAUUGAGGUUUGCGUAUGAAAAAUAUCGAUUCGAAAAUAAUGGCGUUGCAUUCAAUCUUGAACAUGUGUGGAGAAUUGUCAAAGACCGUCCAAUGUUUACUCCACAGUCUACUGAUCAUUUUGUGGCUACAAAGAAGACGAGGACCUCAGAGUCAGGAGCAAGCAACACCUCCUCCAACCAAGAUGUGAGUAUACACUUGGAUGAUGAAGAUACUCAUCCAAUGGGACAAAAGACAGCAAAAAGAAAGGGAAAAGACAAAGUAAAAUCUACCAUGGAGGAUCUGACAGUAAACUACAACAAUAUUAUCACAAAGUUCACUGAGUACACAAGCGUCAAGAAGUCCGAAGUUGAUUUUAAACAAAAACAACUCGAGGUAGAGGAGAUUAAGGCAAAAGCCGCCUUGUUAAAAUCUGAAGCUAAGAAUCGUCUCUUGAAGUUGAAAGAGUAUGAAAUAUUGAACAAAGACAUCUCGCAGAUGACAAAGGAGCAGCUUAUCAUACAUGAAUGCAUAUGCCAGGAUAUUAGGUCGAGAUGGAAUAUCUAA